CCAGAACGUGUUUUUGAAAAACUACAGAAGAGACAUCCAAAGCCCAGUUUGCCUUUGUACUGCACAUCUUAGCCAACUCCUCUCUUUCUAUGCCCCUGCAGCUGCCCAUCAUGAAUUUUCGCAGCCAUCGGCUACUACGCCGCUCUGCACCACCGUCUGUCUCAUCAAAACCGGUGGCGGUCAGCAGUACCACCUCCUCUACAACAUCUGGCACACUUUCAAGCCUAGGAAGCAUCGCUCAAAUCAGCCCAUGCCUUUACCUAUCGAGUGGAAAUGCGGCAGGAAGUCAGCAGCUGGUGUAUGCUCGAAAGGUCACUUGCAUUGUAAAUGCCACAUUAGAGAUCCCAAACUCCAACUGGCCUGAUGUGGACUACAUAAAGGUACCUGUUCCCGACCUGCCACAUGCACCCCUUGCUCUAUAUUUUGAUUCAGUGGCAGACAGAAUCCACCAGAAUGGCAAAAGAAAUGGAAGGACACUGGUUCACUGUGUGGCUGGGGUGAGCCGCUCAGCAACUCUUUGUAUAGCCUACUUGAUGAAGUACCAUCGUCUAUCUCUCCUUGAUGCCCACCAGUGGGUGAAAAGCAGAAGGCCUGUGGUAAGGCCAAAUGCCGGAUUUUGGCAACAGCUAAUACAAUACGAAAAAAAGCUUUUUGGCAAGAACACAGUAAGGUUGGUGCCCUCACCUCUAGGCCUAAUUCCAGAUAUAUACGAGAGAGAAACCCGUAACCUCAUCCCUGUUUGGGGCUUCAGAUAAAUAUUCCCCCCCCCCCAAAGGACUAUGGGAACACAGGUGCCAUUUUCACCUAUUUAAAACAAAAAGACUGUACUUUGUAGGAUGCAGGAGAAGGUUAUGUGCAUCAGAUACUCCUGUAUUAAAUUAUAAACUCAUUAGUAGGCUGAGGACGUAUGCACGAAGAGUGUGUUAAUCAGAUCCUAUAUAAAAAUGUCUAGGUUAUAAAGGUGCUUCUCUUACAACUAUUCAAUUCUUUGCUGGGACGGGGGAUCAGAUAUGGACACAGUCAACCCUCGUAGGACUUGUGAAAAUAAAGGUCAACUGGGAUUGUGGGUCAACGUAACAGGUUGCAAUACACAUCUGUAUAUUUCCAAAUAAAUCAUAUUUAUAAAA